AUGCUGUCGUCGCUGCGUCUCCGCGCUCCUCGGCUCUAUGCCCUCCACGCGUCGCCCGUUAUUCGCACCAAGUCAAUUCUUCAGCGUUCGUUCUCGGCCCUUGUCGACUCCAAAUGGGUUCGCAAUGCACAGACUUCAGGUGAACCAGAGCUCCUGCUCCUCGACUGCAACCAUCCGACCUCGUACCUUCGUGGCCACAUUCCCGAUGCUGUUCCCUUUACGAUGGCUCCAUCGCUUUUCAAGGACCACACACCUGAAGCUACGGGUGUCGUGAGCUUAGAGCUGUUUUGCGACAUCGUGCAGGCAUUGCAGGUGCCUAAAGACGCGACGCUCGUGUUUUAUGAUGACGAUAGUAUCGGUCUUAUUGCCACACGUACGUGGUGGGUCUUUCGCCACUUUGGAUUCCCGCUUGAACAACUGAAGGUGCUGGACGGAGGACUGAAGCAGUGGAAAGCUGAAGGCAACGAGGUUGACACAGGGGAAGCAGAAGAUCGAGAGAUUGCAGCCGAUCUCUGGACCCAGCCAGUAGAUACGCAGAAGCUUGUGGGGUUCCAGGCUGUGCAGAAGGGGAUUGCCGAUCCAGCUACCCAGUUUGUGGACACUCGAUCUGCUGAGGAGUUCCGGGGUGAAGACGCUCUUGGCAAUGCACGGGCCGGUCACGUUCCGGGUGCUGUACACUUCAACUGGAUGGAAGGCGUGGACUUUCUCCGGAAUGGGAGGUUCAAGACCAAGGACGAGCUGGAGGAGGUCUUUGUCGACACUUUUCGUCUUGACAAGGCGAAGCCCGUGAUCACGUACUGCCACCGCGGGAUCCGGGCUGCCAACACGGCGUUUCUGCUGGAGCAGAUUGUGGGGUUCAAGGAUGUCACAAUUUAUGAAGACUCGAUGCUGGAGUACCUCAACAGGGACGACUCGGAGGUUGACGAACAGUGA